CGCACGUCGCGAUUUUAUCAACAUUGUUCGGUAGAGGCGAAGCGAACGCCCCCGUCCCGUUUCGCUUGACGGUAUGACCGUGAAGUGGGUUGGCUCGGUAGAAAGUCACUCGCUGUAAAAAUGUUUCUCGGGCUUUGCUCGGCGUUGUAGAAAGUGCGAGCGCGUGGGGUCGGGAGAAGCUGACAGUUGCCAUGCGUGGUUUCACAAGAUAAGGACUUUUAAGAAAACGCUUACACUUGAGCAGAUUUCUGACAUAUAUAAAUUCAUAUUCUGUCCCGAAGAGCGCAGGAUGCCCGUCAAAGGAGGAGGAAGAACUGCGUAUGCGAAUAAAAGCCAGAAUGGAGGAAGCUCAGGAAUGGAGGAGACGGUGUGGGAGCAGUACACUGUGACUCUACAGCGGGACUCCAAGAUGGGUUUUGGAAUUGCUGUGUCUGGUGGCAGAGACAAUCCCAACAUAGACAGCGGUGAGACGUCCAUCAUCGUGUCUGAUGUCCUGCAGGGAGGCCCAGCUGAUGGCUUACUCUUUGAGAAUGACCGGGUUAUACAGGUCAACACCAUUCCCAUGGAUAACGUGUCUCAUUCCUUUGCUGUACAGCAACUCCGAAAAUGCGGGAAAGUGGCUAAAAUAACAGUGAAAAGGCCUCGCAAAGUUGCCGUCCUCAAGCGUCCCCCUUCCCCAGACAGGGACAGCCGGGACUACAACCUGUCCAGCUACUACCCUGAAGACAACCGCAGCACACACAGCGACCCAGAUUCGGAUUACCCCAGGGGAAAUGGUGGACUGGGCUACCCACGUGGACCAGAUCGUCACCGUGGCACCUUGGAGCAGGAGUACCGCAGCCGGGGCCGCAGCACAGACAGGUCGCCCAGCCCAGAUAGGAACUACCGCAGGGAUGGGAGCCGGGGUCGGAGCCUGGACCGCAGCGUCAGCCCUGAGCCACGCUACCAAGGGCAACAGAGCCGUGGCCACGGGGCUGGUUACGGAGGCGGGGGCAGUCCAGCACCAGGUUACGACUCAAAGAGAUAUGACACAGAGAGGUUGAUGAGGAGCUACAGCAGAGAUCGAUUGCAGGAGGACUCGCCAUCACCUAGUAGGGGGCAUGGGAAAGAUCGAGGCUACCAGGAGCCGCUGGAGCCACCUGUCAGUGUCCUGCUUGUGAAAAACAGGCCUAAUGAGGAGUAUGGUCUUCGAUUGGGCAGCCAGAUUUUCAUCAAAGAGAUGACCAGCACGGGACUGGCUGCCAGAGACGGGAACCUGCAGGAGGGUGACAUCAUUCUCAAGAUUAACGGGACAGUGACCGAGAAUCUGUCUCUGAGUGACGCAGGAAAGCUGAUUGAGAAAUCUCGGGGGAAACUGCAGCUGGUGGUGCAGAGAGACCACAGGCAGAUCCUGGUGCGCAUCCCGGCCCUGGCAGACAGCGACUCCGAGCCUGACGAUAUCUCCGAGAUGGAAUCCUACAGAUCGUACUCGCCACAAGAUGACCAAAGGUCACGGCAGUCAGACAUUUCCUCCCAUUCUUCUAAUGAGCUGCCUCGAGAAAGUGCCAGAGAGGAACCCCAAAACAGGCUGGCUAAGAAAGCUACACCAUUGUCUCCUUACAAGGUCAGUGAAGAGCCACCAGCAGUGCAGGUAGACCAAGUGGAUCCUCCAGAGGAACCUCCAGCACCGCUCAGAAAAACACCCAAAAUUCUGCUGCGACCGAGUCCUGAGGAUGAGGAGAUGUAUGGGCCAAACACUAUGAUGGUGAGCUUCCAGAAAGGAGAGAGCGUAGGCUUGCGGCUCGCAGGGGGAAAUGAUGUGGGCAUCUUCAUUGCCGGUGUUCAGGAAGGCAGCCCUGCAGAGGAGGAGGGCCUUCGUGUCGGGGACCAGAUUAUGAAGGUGAAUAAUGUAGACUUUCGAGGGAUCAUACGUGAGGAGGCGGUGCUCUUCCUGUUGGAGCUUCCCAAAGGAGAAAACAUCACUAUACUGGCACAGAGCAAAGCUGAUGUUUACGAAGACAUCCUCGUGUCAGGACGAGGAGACUCCUUCUUUAUACGUACGCACUUUGACUAUGAAAAGGAACAGCCGCAGUGCCUGGCCUUUUCCCGAGGGGACAUCUUCAAAGUGGUGGACACUCUGUAUGACGGCAAGCUGGGAAACUGGCUGGCUAUCCGUGUAGGCAAAGACAGCCAGCUGCUGGAGAAAGGCAUCAUUCCUAACAAGAGCAGAGCUGAGCAAAUGACUAAUGUCCAGCACACUCCUAAAACCUCCAGCAGUGACAGAGCUGACUUCUGGAGACUCCGUGGCCAGAGAGCUGCUAAGAAGAAGGACUUGCGCAAAAACCGAGAAGAAAUGAGCCUCGUGUCUACUCGCUUCCCCGCCUACGAACGGGUGGUGCUCAGAGAGGCUGGUUUCAGGAGGCCUGUGGUUCUGUUUGGUCCUAUAGCUGACGCUGCUAGUCAUAAACUGGCCACCGAGCUGCCGGAUGAGUUCGUCGUUGCCAAAACAGAGCCUAAAGAUGCAGGGUCCGAGAAGUCUUCCGGCGUGGUGCGUCUCAACACCAUCCGACAGAUCAUUGAGCAGGAUAAACAUGCUCUUCUGGACGUGACCCCCAAGGCUGUGGACACACUAAACUACACACAGUGGUACCCCAUUGUCAUCUUCUUUAAUCCAGACAGUAAGGCGGGGGUGAAGACCAUAAGGCAGAGGAUCAUCCCAAACUCAAACCGCAGUGCCCGCAAACUCUAUGACCAGGCCAUGAAGCUCAGGAAAUCCUGCUCACACCUCUUCACCGUUGUUAUUGAUCUGAACGCAGCCAACGAUGCAUGGUACGGCAGUGUGAAAGACUGCAUUCGGCAGCAGCAGACCCAGGCAGUAUGGGUCUCGGAGGGAAAGCUGGACGGGACGGCUGAUGGAGACCUUGAUCUCCACGACGACCGUAUGUCGUAUCUAUCGGCGAUGAGCGCUGACUAUCUGAGUAUGGACAUCCGUGUGACCAGCGACUACGAUGACACAGCUGACGAAGGAGGAGCCUAUACGGAUAACGAGCCUGAAGAAACGCUGGAGCGUCAGCGAGUGUCAGCCAUCAGCAGAUCCUCUGAGCCGGUCAUGCCAGAGGAGAUCCUCAGGAAGUCCAGCCCAGAGAUCCGCUUCAACUCCCGCAUGGGCGUGGUGAGCAGAGAGUCGCCGGUUGAAACCAGCCCUCCUGUAAUGUCCACCUUCCUCCCUGAGCCACCCAAGGUCAGCCGUUCAGCCAGCCCUGCAGUCAUCCAGGUGAAACCAUUGGCUCAAGCUGAGGCCCCACAUGGACACUUCAACCAAGCACGAGAUCAAAAUGCCAGCAACCCUGCCAGCAUCGAGCACCAUCACGUCCAAAACUCGCCCAGCAUCACCAAACCUCUCCCACCUCCUGUAGCGCUGAAGCCCACUUCUGUGCCUCGAGGCCCUAGAGGUCUGUUGGACAGCCCAGUCAAGGACCGGGAACCUCCAGAGAAGAGCCCUGAGGACCCUUCCCAAAAAUCUUUUCUGGGCAAGCUGAAAGCGUUUGAGAAGAUGGACCAAUCCGCAAGAGCACAAAGGCUUCUGGAGCUACAGCAGGCUCAGGAAGCCAGGUUGGAGAUUGCUCAGAAGCUCCCAGACAUCUAUGCCGUCCCCAUAAAAUCCCCGAAACUGGACCACAGCAGACCACAGCCUAUUGGAUCCAGCGCGAGGCCGGAACCUCAGACUCCUCCCUCCAAAGUGCCCUACUCAGACAGCAUUUCAGCCUGCCUCAGCAAAGAGGACGCGAGUGAGGAAGAGUACCGGCGACAGUCAGCAGACCCGACCAAACACGGCUACUAUCAUAACACACAAGAAUAUCAGGACACAGAGCUGUAGGGCUCGUCUGCUAGAGCUCCACACACUGUUCCACCAUUCCACCACCAGGGCUUCCAAACAGCUGCUCACGCCCAAGCCUUUCUGCUUAUUUUUUAUUUUUUCCUGAUCUUUUAUAAUUUCAGAUUUAAUUCCAUGUGGACAAGAUGGCAUAUUUGUUAAAAACAAAACAAAACAAAACAUAUAUUUCUAUAUAUUUAUGCCAUUCAUUUUUGUCCUUUGUGUGGAAGGAAGGAGCCACUUUUUUCUUGCCUAUGCAACCGUUUUGUUUUUUCUUUCUUUCUUUAUUUCCUUUUUUCAGAGCUACUGAAACUUCUUGCCAUGACUCUUUGUCUUUUGCUACAUGACAACCUAAAGUCUGGCGUGUGCAACAGGCCAGCUAUUUUGUUACAGUUUAUUUUGUAUGCCCAAUGAAGCAAAAUGCCUGCAGAAUGGUCUGAAAAGGCCACUCUUUGGAGUGUACACUUCUCAGCCUUUGCAUUCCGUCAUUUCUGAUCAUGUGAGUGUAUGAUUAUAUGACACAAUACACUGGAUUUUGUUACAAUGUUUUGAAGUGCCUUUUACUUUCUGACUAAUACGGAGGUGUGGGGACUUGACAAUCCAGACCGCUGGACAAUAAAUAUUAUUCUGCUGCUCACAAGCUUCAAGGGCAAACAGGGAAAAGAUGACACCAAAACCCUUAAUACUGUAAUAAUGUUCACCUGCCACCCCUGUCUUUACUGCUAGCAACAGCCAGGAGUAAUGGAGUCUGUUCAGAGUCGUGUUUCCCACAUCCUGGCUCAGGUUUGUGUGUGUGCAUGUGUGUAUGUGUGAGUGUGUGAGAGAGAGAGAGAGAGAGAGUUUGUCUACUGUGUUUGCUAUAUGUUGCUAUACGUUAUUUUAUUCCUCACGGCAUUUCAUUUUGUUUUCUAGACUUCGUUCUGUGUUGGUCUGCUGUACCUUCACAUGUUGGUUGAAAAGUGCUUUUAUAAUUCAUGAACAAUGUUUUGAUGGCCUCCAGUUUGUGUACAUAUACAGUAAAUGCGUGCACUGACUGGACUUUAACACCAAAUAAAACAACUCUACUGACAUACA